UCGCUAAAAGCAGUCCGUGCGGAGCGCCAACUAGUUACCUGAGCAGGAACGAAGAAACAAAAGGUCCAUUAAAAGUUGUUUUCUGCGUUUUAAACUGACUGCAUUCAAAAACAGGUGUUAAAAACUUCAUAAAAGUUAACUUUAGUAUUUCAGACACGUAACGUAACUUCAGUUAUUUACGGUAAUCUGAAUUAUUGACAAACGGAAGUCAUUCUUUGGACACAUGCUGGACUUGGCUAACAGCCAAACUUUGUCUGCAGUGUUUGGUUUUUACUUUCGAGUCGGCGAGUCUCCAGUCGGUCAGUCUCUCCAGUCGGCGAGUCUCCAGUCGGUCAGUCUCCAGUAAAUCCCAGCGAGAGAUGGCGACCACCAUCAGAUUUGGAAGCAGCAGCGGUCCCUGCACCACCGCUGCUGCUGAGAGAGCUCAGCUAGCAGAAGACACCGAUGAAAAAGGAAACUGUGACCCGGACAAACUUCUGCAGUGUCCUUUUGACAAGAACCACCUGAUCCGGGCCUGCCGCUUCCCGUACCAUCUCAUAAAGUGCAGGAAGAAUCAUCCAAAACUGGCCAGAGAGCUGAAAACGUGCCCGUUUAACGCUCGCCACCUGGUCCCCAAGCACGAGCUGACCUACCACACGGAGACCUGUGAGGACAGAAUAUCUGUGGACACUGAAGAAGCUGGAAGCACAGCUGGACAUUGUCAGUGGCAGGUCCCGGUCAGUACCUGGGUGAACCCGGACACGUCUGAGGACUGGGACAAAGAGGCUGAUGAUGAUGCUGCGCCGUUCGUCUGGGGUGUGAACACCGUCCUGAACGGAGAACCGGAGACGAGGCCCACCAACAACCUCGGUCCCAGUUUUAGAACUCCUAACACCUUCCCGUGGUCCGGGUUAUAAGCCAUAAUAAUGUGUGUUUACUUAUCAUUCAUAUAAAAGCUUAAUGUUCGGGCUAUUAUUAUGCAUGCAUGAAUAUUUCUUUUCAAAUGUGUUCUUAGCAAGUUUUUAAUUUGCACAACUGAAUCUACAUUUUAUUUAAAUAUUGGAUCUGGUUGCAGCAAUCUCCUUUUUAGUCAGCUGGUGUUUUUGUGUUUUCCUGCUGUUCCUGGAACUGAUGCCACGGGGUGGAUAUUGUGUGCUUGUUCUAUUAAAGGUGUUUUUUUCAAAUCA